AAAACGCUGAUACAACUAGGGACGACUACGAAACGCACACAAGCCCUGACAACCCUUAGAGCUUUGUUUGAGAGAGUGAGACAAGAGGGGUUUAAUGAUUAUGAAGAUGAUAGUUCUGAUUAUGAGUUUGAGUAUGUUUAUGAAUAUGUUGAUGUGCAAGAUGAAAACAAGAAGAUAUUCGCAGCUAAACCUAUUUCCGGUCAACCAUCAGCUACAGCAUCGAAAAAACGUCCAAAGAUUGUUCCUCAACAGCAUAAAUCCUCCAAAUCACUGAAAAAAUCUGCGAAACAAAAAAAGAAGACGACCAACCCACCAAUAGAUACUUUUCCCGAAGUAACCGAAUCCCCAGUAUCCACCAACUACAAUCCUAUAACAGGAACACUGGAUAUUCUGUAUCCACCUAUAGUAAUUCAAUCAGAAAGCCUUGAACCUGCCAGUACACGAAGAGCUGGAUAUGAGUACCCUGAACCAGAAAAUAAACUUCUUUUGCCAGGAGAGGAAAUAACAGAAAACUAUCUCUCGCCUACAUUUAAUUCAGACGGGAAAAAAGAACCUGAACCUGUUCAAGCUCCAGAUUCAUACAUAUCUUUAGGAGAACCAGCAAAUCCAAAUAUAUAUAUUUCUGUCGUCAAUUCAGAAGAUAAUACACCGACAUUAGAGAAUCCAGCGAAGGUUUUGCCUCCACCAGAUACCUAUUUAUCUGUGAAUCCACCCCUAGAAAAGCUGCCUCCUGUCCCUGGUUCUGAAACUCCUGAUGUUGGUAUAAAAACCUACUCGAACAACGAGGUUUACAACCCUAAGGCGAGGAGCUCCACCACACAAAGAAAUAAAGGAGAUGAUGAAGCAGACCGGCCUAUACAAGAAUACAAGUCGCGUGGUGGUCAAGGUGAUAAAGUCUCAAACUUUUCUCCAUCAAACUUUGUAACUCCAUCAGCUCCGAUAGGUUCCGCAGAUUUCAAACCAAGUUAUGUGUCAACUCAGUAUAGUUCUGCUAGCCCUGAGAUAAAUGAUGAAAAUUAUGAUACUCCGUUCUCUGCUCCUCUCCCAAAUAGUUCUCCUGCUCCUCCCCUUCCAACCCCUCCUCCUAGUUCUAGUUACCAACCUGCUCCUAUUGAUUCCAAACCUAGCUAUCAACCAUCCCAACAAACUUCCCAGCCUAGCUAUCAACCUUCCCAACAAACUUCCCAACCUAGCUAUCAACCAGUUCAACAAUCUUCACAACCUAGCUAUCAACCAUCCCAACAAACUUCCCAACCUAGCUAUCAACCAGUUCAACAAACUUCCCAACCUAGCUAUCAACCAGUUCAACAAUCUUCCCAACCUAGCUAUCAACCAGUCCAAGAAACUUCCCAACCUAGUUAUCAACCAUCCCAACAAACUAACUACCAGCCUAUUGCUCCUCCCUCCCAACCUAUUGCUCCACCAAGAUCUCCAGUAAAAAAUUCUGUCCCUUCAAGUGACACUAUUCCAUUAACCAUAUUCCUGUCAAAACCCCAACCUGCUUAUAAAUCCUCGAAACGGAAAACAACAGAAAAACCACAAUCAAUAUUUGUGACUCCCCAACCUCGAACCACCACCCUGCCUCCCAUCAUUAUACCACCCAAACCCUCAUAUUCCCCUCUACGACCAAUUGGCCUUGAUAAGAAGUUUGAACAAGGAAAGGUUAUAGAGAGCCCAACUUCUUCUCCUGCUGUCUUUUCUACUCUAAUUCCACCAAUACAGUCUAAUCCCAGACCUCCGCCUACCCCCAAUGGGUUUCAAGGCUUAAUCACAAGCUCUCAAACAAAGCCCAGACAACGAACAAGCUACAAAAACAAUGCUCCUGCUCCGUAUGUAUCCUUGAGUCAGGAUGUUUCAGAUGAUGCGGAGAAGUAUAAUUCUAUCAGAUUAUCAGAAGAAAACGAUGAGUACGGAAACCCCUCUGGCGAUGUCAUCACUGAUUUUGACGGAAUAAGUCCCCGGAUAGUUGAUCAAACGACCACGUUUAGUCAAAUCUUUUCCCGGGAUGAGUCCUCAACCCUGACAAAUCAACAACCGGAGAUUCUCUCAACAGAGGAGCAGUUCCAUAGGUAUACAGCUCCAGGUGGCGGCAGGACUGAGACAUAUUUAUCUCCAGUACCAGGGGGCAACACUGAAACCUACUCUUCUCCUGUAUUUGAAAGCACCGAAACCUAUUCUGCUCCAGUAGCUAAGAAUACUGACACCUAUUCAGCUCCAGUAGUGCAGAAUACUGAAACCUAUUCAGCUCCAGUAGGGGAGAAUACUGAAACCUAUUUUUCUCCACAGCAAACAACAUUCAGUUCUGGAGAACCGGAUAGUUAUGGAUCCCCUCGGGCACCUGUACUAACUACAAUACAAACUGAUACUACAGUAAAACCAGGAUAUACUCCAUACACUAGCACUGUACUAGAGGACCUUCAACCUGUAUAUAAUGGGCAUAAAGGUGGUGAUGAUAUAAAAAUAGAUAUAAAUGUUUCUGUAAAUAAUAGAACCAAAACUAUUAAGUUUGAUUCAAGGAACCCGAGCAUAUUUGAGGCUAACCAGGGGGAGGGACCAGUCAUUUUGGAUGGAUCAACAUUUAAUGGAGCAGGGGGAUAUGAUAACUUGGGGAAAGACCAAACAAAUCCAACAACCUACAGGGUAAGAACAAGUUCUCUGAUUUAUCUG